GAGAGCAACAGCUAAAAACCUCCAUCCAGCGGCCGAGUGACGGGAAAACACCAGCAAUAAGAGGACGAAGAGGUGCAGAAAAGUGUGUGGAGGAUGUGUCCUAUGUGGCUUUUGGUGGCAUUAGUGGUAGUGGGCGGGGCCAGAGAAGUAGUCAGCCAGUGCUGGGAGCAUCCGAGCUGCCAGGAGCUCAGCUCUGAGAGCAACAUAAUGGAGUGCAUCCAGCUCUGUCACUCUGACCUCACCGCCGAGACCCCCGUCAUCCCCGGCAACGCCCACCUCCAGCCCGCUGUCCCAUCAGACGCCUCCUCACUUUCUUCUCAGGCCAAGCGCUCCUACUCAAUGGAGCACUUCCGCUGGGGGAAGCCCGUUGGCCGAAAACGCCGCCCCAUCAAAGUGUACACCUCCAACGGCGUGGCGGAGGAGUCUGCUGAAGUUUUCCCCGAAGAGAUGAGGAGACGAGAGCUCACCAAUCAGCUGCUGGCAGAGGAAGGAGAGAAGGCUCAGGAGAUGGUCAAGGAGGCGGAGGAGGAGCAGCAGCUCCUGAACGGGGUGCAGGAGAAGAAAGACGGCUUGUAUAAGAUGAAGCACUUCCGCUGGAGCAGCCCCCCAACCAGCAAACGCUACGGUGGCUUCAUGAAGAGCUGGGAUGAGCGCAGCCAGAGGCCACUGCUGACGCUCUUCAAGAACGUCAUCAACAAAGAAGGACAGCAGCAGAAGUGAGGCCAGACGAGAAGAGGAUGAGGCAGCGGAGAGAGGAGUGACAGGAGGAGGAAACGUUUUCCAAGGCAAUCAGGCACCAAAGAGUUCCCAUUAACAGAGUGACCAAUAAAAAAGCUCUGAAACUGCCAUCUGUUACAUGAUCCUGAUUGAGUGAUGGAGAGAGGAAGAGUCUGAGAAAGAUGUU